AUGAGGAUAAUCAGUACAUCUUUUCCUCUGCCUUUCUUCUCGCAUUCAACGAAGAUGGCUCUUCUUGUCCUACUUUUCACGCUUUUCUCAGCAUGCACUGCCACAAUCUCACCCAACAAUGAUCUGCCAGUGGUUGAUUUAGGGUAUGAGUUGCACCAGGCAAUCUCGUUCAACAGUGAAUAUGACUUCUACAAUUUCACCAAUAUCCGCUACGCAGCUCCGCCCGUCGGCGAUCUACGAUGGAGGUUACCCGCAGCCCCUGAGACGAACCGGACAAACAUUCAAACCGGCAACGAGGGCAGAGCUUGCCCCAGCGUCCUGCCGUUGUGGUCACUUCUUCAAGUUCAGUGGCUAACCACUUACUGGGAUAACAAGCCACUCGGAAUAUCCACCAAUAUCUCUUCUUAUCCUUACAGGCCUCUUCCGCAAGAUGGACGUACAACGGAGGACUGCUUGUUCUUGGAUGUCAUUGUUCCCAAAGCCGUCUUCGAAAAGACUCAGCACAAGGAAUCUCAGGAUAAGAAGCUCGCCCCUGUACUGGUUUGGAUCCAUGGUGGAGGUCUAGCUGCUGGGGACAAAGGCGAAGAUGAUGCCUCUGGGUUGAUUGAACGAAGCAUGAAUGACAACGAUGGUAUUGUCUACGUCCAAAUGAACUAUCGGCAAGGUGUUUUCGGCUUCCUCGCGGGAAAUAUCAAAGAGGAUGGAAUCGCCAACUUGGGACUACACGAUCAGCGCUUCGCACUGGAAUGGAUAGCUGAGAAUAUUCACCUGUUUGGCGGCGAUCCCAAUCAAGUCACUGUCAUGGGCCAGUCCGCUGGGGCUGGGUCCAUAGUCCACCACAUCGCAUCGUACGGAGGUGAAAAUGGGCCUGUGCCAUUCCAGAAGGCUAUCAUCCAGAGUCCCGGAUGGGUUCCUGGAAUUUCUGAUAAGCAGCAAAAAGCUGCACUGGAGCAAUUCUUCAAUAUCCUUGGUGUGACAACAAUUGACGAGGCCCGGAAACUACCAUCGGAGAAAUUGAUCGCGGCCAACGCAUUGCAAAUCUACUACUCUGCUCCUUGGGGAUCGUUCACCUACGGUGAAGUUGUGGAUGGUGACCUUGUGCCUGACGUCGCAUGGCGGUUACUCCUCGAGGGUAAAUUUGAUCACAGCGUGAAAGUAAUGACUGGACACACCCAUGAUGAAGGACUCCUGUUCACGGGUCCGGACUCCCUUGACGGUGACAGAUUUGAAUCUGACAUUGUGGCCUACGUUCAAGUCUCGAAGGACACCGCCAAGUACAUUGCAAAUGUUUUGUACCCGCCCAUCUUCGACGGGUCAUAUGGCUACAAAGACUCGGUGCAGCGCUGGGCACUCCUCGUUGAGGACUGGAGCUUGACUUGUGAAGUUGAUUAUCUGCGCCGAGCAUUCGACAAUGAGACCUACGCAUAUCAGUUCAGCAUUCCGCCAGCCUUGCAUGCCGAGGAUGUUCCAUACACCUUUUACAAGAACGGAUCAACUCUCGGCAGUAUCUUUUUCAACCGUCCUGUGGCUAACGUCACCGUGGCACAUGCGAUACAGGACUGGAUUACGAGCUUUUCUCUCUACGGGGAGCCGAAGUCUGAUCUCGCUCCAGAGUUCCCUCAACAAGGCCCCGAUGCACAGCUCAUGGAUACUCGCUUGGAAUCAUUCGAGCUGAUUCAUGAUCGGACUGAUGGCCCACGCUGUCGAUUUUGGCAGACGGUGCGAUAUGAUUUCUAA